GUAUAAAAGUCGAAGAUCGUACAACUUGCGUUUGGCUCCACUCGUCAACUAACCUAACGUAACCAACAUGAACUCCCCGGCUAUCGUCAUAAUCAUCUUUAGUACUUUAACCUUCUCAGAGGCUUGGGUGAACGACUGGGAUGGCGCUUUGAACUUUCAGUGUCAACUGAAGGACUCCAUCAAGACCAUAUCUAGUAUCCAUAGCAACCAUCACGAGGAUAGGCGUUGGAAUUUCGGCUGUGAAAGAACUUUGCGAGAUCCAUCGUGCUAUUUCACGAACUACGUCAACGAUUGGGACAAACUGCUUCAUUUUACCUGCAAGAGUGGAGAGGCGAUCGCGGGUUUUAACAGUUACCAUGACAAUCGUAGAGAAGACAGAAGAUGGAAAAUCUAUUGCUGUAAAGACAAAAAUAAAUGUACAGACUACAGAACUUGCGCUUGGACUGGUUAUGUUAAUUCAUGGGAUGGAGACUUGCACUACACUGUCCCCAAAGACUAUGUUUUAACAGGGGUCAUCAGUGAACACGACAACCACAGAGAGGAUCGACGGUGGAAAUUUCAACACUGUCGACUGAAAAAUUGUUAACAUCGUGUUCGAGAAAGAAUUUAUUUUUUUUGUUUGUUUUAACUGCAAAUGUUUAUUUUAAACCUAUUACAGUAUAAAUCGUAAAACGUUCAUAUAUAAUUUUAAAAGCAAAACACGUUGUACUUGCUAUAUUAAAAAAUAAAUACUUUUCUCGCUUUC